GUUUAGAGAAAGUGACACUUGCUGCAGAAAUAGAUGUGGAAAACAAGAAUAAAAUGUCGGGAAAACAUCUCAACCAACAAGAUCUUCAACUGGUGGUCUUAGGUCCAAUUGAGUCAGCAAAGACAUCUGUAAUAACCACUGUGCUUGGUCAGAGGACAGAGUAUGAGUCAGGAAAAAAGACGGGUGACUGUGUGAAGAGAGAGGGGCAGGUUGGUGGCAGAAAACUCACCUUCAUUGAUACCCCAGGCUGGGUGGGGUAUUUUCCCUCAACUGACACAGCAGAGGUUAUCAAGCAUAAGAUUGUGCUGAGCGUGUAUAUGUGUCGACCAGGACCUCAUGCCUUCAUUCUGGUAGUUGGCACUAAUACCCCAUUUACUGAGAAGAACAGGAGGUCUAUAGAGGAGCACUUGGGACUCUUUGGGGACAAAGUUUGGGAUCACACAAUAGUGGUAUUCGCUAGAGGAGAACCUCUGGAGAGUAAAAGCAUAGAACAGCACAUUGAGAGUGAGGGGGAGGCUCUGAAGUGGGUGGUAGAGAAAUGUGGGAACAGGUGUCACAUGUUUUACACGGACAGUACAGAAGGUUGUAAUGAAGUGAGAGAGCUACUGGAACAAAUUGAUAUUCUUGCAAAGGCUAGAAACAGCUUUUUUAAGCUUGAUGAGAAAAUAUUGAGGGAAGUUGAAGAGAAGAGGAACAAUCAUCGGGAGAGAGCAAAGAUGAGACAGCAGAAGGUUAUGGACGAAAGAGAAAUGUUAUGUAAAUACGGGGUUAUACCAUCACUAUCAGAACUUAGGAUUCUUCUAUUGGGGUGGUUGAUCUCGGGAAAAACAUCUGCAAAGGAUACAAUUCUGGGCCAAGUGGAUCGUGUAAACAAAAAAAGAACAUAUCAGUCUGAGAGAACAUCUGGAGAAGUUUCUGGAAGACAAGUCUCUGUUGUGGAUACCCCUGGUUGGUGGAAGUACUUACCUGCCAAAUGCACUCCAGAAUGGAUGAAGACAGAGUUACAGAGAGGGCUGACGCUUGAUUCCAAAGCUCCCCAUGCCAUUCUUCUAGCUGUUCCAGCAGACACAACCUUCCAUGAAGAACAAAGGAAGAAUAUUGAAGACAACAUGAAGAUGUUUGGUGAGCAGGUCUGGAAGCACACCAUGGUGCUGUUCACAUGUGGAGAUCGGCUUGAGGACACAAGCAUUGAGGAGCACAUUGAGAGUGAAGGACAGCCAUUACAGUGGCUUGUGGAGAAAUGUGGAAACAGAUAUCACAUCCUGAGUUGGAAUGACAAAGAAGAGGAAGUCAUGGAGCUGCUGAAGAAGAUUGAGGAAAUGAUGGCCAGUCUCUGUUUGUUUAGGCCGGAACCUGAAUCACAAACAUGUAUUGAUAAAAAGACCACUGAAGAUCUGAUAGAAGUGCCAAAUGAGAUGGUGCAUUUCUUAGACCAGAAAUGGCAGAAAAUGGAUAGAGAAUUAGAGGAGAAGAUUGUGACCAUCUGUGGUGAAACAACUUCAAAGCUGAAAGGAAGUAUGGAUGCUGUUUUAGACUUCAAUGGCAGUACUUCUGAGGAUACUUUGGAAGAAAUCAACUCAGGAAAGUGUAUCAGUCCCCUGAGCCCACCUGAGUCUAAAUCCUCCAUCAGGAAAUCUGGCAUUAUUAAUGCUACUAUAGGGCAUGAAGACCAAGAGCAGACCCAUGAGAACCAUGCAGGUCAGAUGGAGAGAAUGAAAGAGAUGUUGGAGAGGGAGUGGGGGAGAAGAGAAGCGAGCGUCACACAGAGAUUUCAGCGUCAGAUAUCAGCGCUAAAAGAAUCUGGGUCUGAGGCUGAUGUGCAUGACCUUGACCGAUCAUUUAAAAAGGUCGUCUGGUGGGUGCAGCGUGAAUCGUCAGGAAUUGCCUCUGAUGUAGACGCGGAGGAAAUGGGUUGAAUCUAAUAAAUUUCAUUUUUUUGUAUAA